CCACCCCAGCCACCCCAACCCCCAGCCCAACCCGCAACCCACACCCCGCCUCACCCCCACCCCAACCUCAACCCCCAAACCCUAACCUCAACCCCCAGCCCCAACCUCAACCCCCAGGCCCAACCUCAACCCCCAGCCCACCCAAACCCCCACCCAACCUCAACCCCCCAGCCCCAACCCAACCCCCAGCCCACCCCAACCCCCAGCCCCAACCUCAACCCCCCAGCCCCAACCUCAACCCCUCAACCUCAACCCCCAGCCCCAACCCCAAUCUCAACUCCCCAGCCCAACCUCACGCCCCAGCUCCAACCUCAAGCCCCCAGCCCCAAACCUCAACCCCCAGCCCCAACUCAACUCCCCAGCCCAACCUCAACCCCCAGCUCCAACCUCAACUCAACCCCCAACCACCUCAAACCCCCCAACCUCAUACCUCAACCCCACCCCAACCUAACCCCCCAGCCCCAACUCACCCCCCAACCCUCAACUCAACCCCCAACCAACCCAACCCAACCCAACCUCAGCCCCAACCUCCAACCCCCAACCCCAACCUCAACCCCCCACCCCAACCGCCCAGCCUCAACCCCCCAACCUCAACCUCAACCCCAGCUCCAACCUCAACCUCAACCCCAGCUCCAACCUCAACCCCCAACCCCACCUCUCU